UGUUUUUAGCCCAAUUUAACAUAGGCCAUUAACCCAAGAUCAACUUCAGCUAAGGCCGUGGCGGCGUCGUUUGAAACCACGCUUCACCGGGUUCAAGCAAUUCCCCAUCUCUGUCGAAAGAAAUCAAUCACAUAGAAAACCAGUGAAAUGGAGAAGCUGAAGAAGAAAACGCCAUCGUUUUCGUUUUGGAUUUGGGUGAUAGCAUCGAUCAUCUUCAGACUGAUUCUGAUUUACUUCCCCAAAAACCUGAACCUAUCUUCUCGUCCCGAAGUCUCCACUCCUCUCACCAGCUUCCGUCGCCUGGCUGAAGGUUACUGGUUAAAGCAGUCAUCUAUGUCUCCUUACGCAGGAUCUAUGUACCAUGGUUCCCCUUUGUUAUUGUCGCUUCUUGGACCGCUUACAGUUAAGAGAAUUGAAGGACAGCCUGAUCAUCUUUUGUACAGUUUGGUUUCUGUGAUUGCAGAUGUUUUUAGUGCAAUGCUUAUUCGUGCUACUGGACAGAAUCUUCGGCUUGCUUACCUUUUUAGUUUGGAAUCUUUAGACCUUGUUAAACAAAUAGAAGUUUCAGAGAUCCUUUCUUCUGGAGAUAUUGCCGCUCUUAUCUACUUAUGGAAUCCUUUCACAAUAGUUGCAUGUGUGGGCUUGUCAACAUCGCCAGUUGAAAAUAUGGCUGUCAUUUUGUGCCUUUAUGGAGCAUGUUCACGACUAAUUCCCUUGGCCGCUUUUGGAUGGGUCAUUGCAACUCAUUUGUCUCUUUAUCCUGCUAUUCUGAUCAUUCCGGUGAUCUUUUUAUUAGGAUGCGGUCCAGAUGCUCCUCCUAGGAAAUUGUUUCUGCAAAGGCACCAACAAGAAGAAGUGUUGAACCAGUCAAAGCUCCCUCUUGGCUUCUCAUGGAGACCAAUCAUUCAUUUUGCAUUUUGGGCUCUUCUGUGGUCAGUCUAUGUGUUGGUUCUUUGUGGCAUUUCUUUGAAACAGUUUGGUGGUAUAUGGGAAAUGUUUAAAAGCACAUAUGGAUUCAUCCUCACUGUGGAAGAUUUGUCUCCAAAUAUAGGCGUUUUAUGGUACUUCUUUGCAGAAGUUUUUGACUUUUUCAGGAACUUCUUUUUGAUAGUUUUCCAUGUGAAUAUUAUAUUUAUGAUAUUGCCAUUAGCCAUACGGCUUUGCCACCGGCCCUGCUUCCUGGCUUUUGUAUACAUUGCCAUAUUUUCCAUGCUAAAGUCCUACCCAUCAGUUGGAGAUUCAGCCCUGUAUUUGGGUUUGUUGGGUUGGUUUGUUAACGAAUUAGCAGAUAUGCAAUUCUCUUUCUUCCUCUUUUGUGGAUAUUUUGGGGUUUCUCUUCUCAGCCCUGUCAUGCACAACCUAUGGAUAUGGAGGGGCACUGGCAACGCAAACUUCUACUUUGCAACGGCUAUGGUUUAUGCUUGCUUGCAGAUUAUCCUAGUCGUUGAGGGUGUAAGUGCCAUGUUAAACCAUGACAGAAAAUUGAGAAACCUAACCACUGGCAAGCCCCGAGAUGCCAAAUCUUGAGUUCUUCUGACCAUGCCAUACAUAUUUCUGGUUCUUUAGCUUAUCUCUUGCCACUAUGAAGAUCCGUCGCAGCAGACUGGUGCAAUAUCUUAGCCGUCAGCAUUGUUGUAUCAGAAUCAUGCUUACCUCCAGUUAUAAUGCUUUUUUCUUAACAAUUUAGUGGUUAACAUGUGCCUUGAACCACCUGAUCUGUUGUUUUGAUUGCCCCGAUCACUUAUACAGUUUAUCAAGCUGUAUGUGAACUUGAAAAAAAAUUUUAUUAAAAACCAACAUACAAGUGAUUUCAUUUUUAUUAAAAGACACUUUUUAAAGCUUUUGUACCUGCAUUUUGAUUUAUAAUGUUCAAGGUAUUUUGAGAUAAGGAAGAUAAAUAAUAACGUUUAAUUGUGGUCUCCUUCAACCUCUCUCCAUGCUUUUUUUUUUUUCUCUUUCUUGUUAGGACAUUAAUUUUUGCUGUAAUAUUACAGGUAUUUAAUUAAUCUUUUGAGGGUUUGGUACAU